AUGAGUCUGUCGAAGUCGAUUACACGAGCCACAACUACGAUGUUGAAUUUUCAAAAUGGAGUCGUUGGAGGCUCUUCGUACCCUGCUGGUACCUCUUUGUACUAUUUCGGCGAGACUGGGGCUGUACGUGCUGGGGCGUCACCGAAGUCAAAAGUGGAUACUGACUUGGGUAAUGGGACUGGCGACACUCCACCACGACCCACGAAGUUAGGAGUGAAUGUCGUGAAAAGCAACGUCCUGGGUAAUCAUUUGUCAGACCGAAGCAACAAUGACGACUCUGACGGUUCUUUGCCCUGCACUCCUCAGGUGGCGUCAGAAUGUGGGCCUGAACUAUCGAAUUGUCAAUCGGGCGAUGAAGUAUUGGAACAUGAUACAAGACAACUAAUUGAAAACGUAUUGGUGGACUAUACAGGACUGUCUCCGUCUCGUUGUAAGCAAAGCAAGGCUCUUACGACGAUGAAGAAAGUGGUGAAGGAUAUAAUAGCAAAGCACCGAUACGCAUACAAUGGUAUGAUCGCCAAACUUGACUUAGAUGACCGAUGCGAUGACAUGAGUUUCAUCAAUUCUGUGGCCACGACCAUGUUCAGUGAUGGGACCACGAACUGGGGUCGCAUCGCCAGCCUGGUGGCAUUUGGAGCAGUGGUGAGCCAGCACUUGAAGGAGAUGGGCAGGGGACACUGCAUUGAGUCGGUGGGCCAAAAGAUCGCCACAUACCUCCUCUCUGACCAAAGGGACUGGCUGGUCAAAAACAAUGCUUGGAAUGGAUUUGUAGAGUUCUUUCAUGUGCAAGAUCCAGAGUCCUCAGUAAGGAACACCCUCAUAGCCUUUGCUGGAUUUGCUGGGCUUGGGGCAACACUCGCCAUGUUGGUCAGGUGAAUUGAACUAUAAAAGACAUCUUACUUUUUUCAACAAAGAAAAUGGACUAUUCCCGCAAGUUCUCUGAAAUCCUUAAUAUCACCAUGAUUGGAAUGACUACCCAAUGAUGUCCUGUUUAGUCAAAGAAGAGGGUCAGUCUGUUGGAUUAUAGUGGCGGACUGAAUUGGGACAGUGCUUUGGUGUCAAGCUCAAGUUAGCUUUUUUCCGCAUCAUGUUUUGGUGCUGUUUUUGUUGUUGUUUGAGUGGCUAUUUGAGGAUAUUUGGUAGUUGUUGGAACAGUCUCCAAAUAUAUUCAUCUGACUACUUAAAUCUAACGGACUUGUUAAAUGGAGCUUUUAUUUAAUGUAAAAAGUACAGACAUUUUAUUUUUGUAAUAAAUGAAUAGAAACAGUUAAUUAAUCUGCAAAUUUUCAACUCACUCUUUAAGUAAUCAAGAUGGAAAAGCCUUAGCUAAUAGCUAUACUUGGCAAUGGCAAAGUUUCGCCUCUGACCAUAAAGUUGGCUCAAAUGACUUGUGAUAUUAGUCAUACAUGUACAAAUGGGGAUUGGUGUAAGAAAGACAGAAUCUGCAUUGAACUGACCAGUAAGGGCCUUAGAAUUCAACUAAGGUAUACCCAGUUUAUGGGCAUUGAAAAUGUAAAGUUCUUACAGCAGGGAAGACUAUUCUACAUGCAAUUAAUUGCCUUACAUGCAUGUCAUCUCGCCUACACCCAAUUCGUAAGAUCAUAUUGCUGUUCCUUGGGGUAGAUUUGCCAGUGAUGCCUGGCAUUGCAUUUGCGUGGCUGUAAUGUGACUUCCUGGUUAAGGAAAUCUUGUGGCUGUUGCACUGGGAGGGGGAAGGGGGAAACCUGUUUUAAAGUCAGUUCAAAAUUCCACUCAAGACUAUGCUGAUUUUGUAUUUGAAGCGUUUCAUUUCCAAGUUAUAUCCAUGUAAAUGCAAUGUGCUCACAGGUUUAAGUUUUGAAUAUGAGCUUAAAGAUUGCAAAUGGUAUCUGGCAUUGGUUCAAUAGAGGCAAGAUUGUCUGGACUGUAAACGUGUACAGCAGUUCCACCUAACAAACUAGCACUAACCCUGAUGCAUCUUGCUGGCAAAUUCCUUUAAUCUCCUGAAGUUAUAUGAUUAAAGGAUAAAAUCAUGCAACUUUUGUGACUGCAAUGAAUAAAGACUGUGACUUUAUUCACUUUGUGGCAGCAAUUGUCUGAAAGCAGAAGUUUGGCUGUCAACUUUGAGACUACUUCUCAGGGGGGGGGGGGGGUUGUGAAAAGACAGCAGUGACAUCUGCACUGUGCUAGUUUCUGGUGAUGAAAAGUAACCACAUACACAAAUGAAUUCCUGUGUUGUACAUAGUCAUCUACACACACGCAGUCAAAAACAUGUUUAUUCGCACCAUACCCCCUGGACAUACACUGUGAGGUUAUUUCCUAGAAAUGAAGCUUCUGUGGUAACCAUGCCUAUAUGUGUGUCAUAGGCAGGCCACCACUGUAUCGCUGCAGCCUCAGUUGUCAGAAACAUAAUUAUUAAAUUAAGACUGCCAGAACCCGUUGGGUGCCAAUAAAAUAAGUUGACAGUA